CCUUCAAGGAUUGGUCAGGAGUUCUUCCUUCAAUCAUUCUUAGAUCAGACACACCAGUAUGUCCAACAAAGUGAGGAGGAUGCUGGUUCUUCUGCUGAUCAUCCUGAAGGAAGCUGGCCCGACCGCAGCCUGCAGCAGCAGCUGUUCAUCAGACUGUUACUGCCACAAAAGAGGCCUCAGCAGUGUUCCUCAGGAUCUGCCUACAAACAUCACUAGGCUCAACUUACAGGACAAUGCCAUCACGACCUUAAGUCAGUCUGAUUUUUCAAGGUACAGGAGCUUGACAUUAUUACAUCUUGGUUCAAAUCAGAUCUCCAUGAUCCAUAACAAAACAUUCCAAGGCUUAACCAGCCUGACUCAUCUGUACCUUAGUAACAAUCAUUUGACCAAUCUGACAGCCGGCAUGUUUGUGGGACUUGGUCACCCCCUGUAUUUAUGGCUUGACGGUAACCAGUUGACCAGUCUCCCAGCUGACAUAUUUGUGGGACAUGGUAAUGAUAUGCAGUUCUUGCAGCUUGACUAUAACCAGUUAACAAGUCUGCCAGCUGACCUAUUUGUGGGGCUUGGUAAUCUGCGGAUCUUGAGACUUUUUAAUAACAAGUUAACAAGUCUGCCAGCUGACAUAUUUGUGGGGCUUGGUAACUUAGAGGAGCUUAACCUUUGCAGUAAUAACAUCCACAGUAUUGAGGCAGGAACCUUCAAUGACACAACACAGCUACGUAUACUAGACCUUCAGUACAACAACAUCAGCACCAUCACAGCUGACACAUUCAGGAACCUACUUCAGCUUCAAAUUCUGAGACUUUCUGGUAAUAACAUCAACACUUUCCCUGUAGAGGCCUUCUCAAAUUUACAGAUUUCAGCACUGUCAGAGCUUACAUUAUAUUCUAACCAAUUAGAGACCCUACCAGUCAUGGCAUAUGACAUACUGGCUAAUAUUUCAACUGUCAACAUUUCCAACAACCCCUGGCAGUGUGACUGUAGGAUGGUUCCCUUUAGGCAGAGGAUGAGCGGGUCUUACCCAUUUGAAGACCAGAUCAGAUGUGCUGGACCGGCUAACCUUACAGGGCAAUGCUUACUGGAUGUAAAUCCUGAAGACCUGAUCUGUGAAAAGACAACACCAGUAAACUCCACUUCCAGCACUUCUUCUGUUGAGUCUGACUCUACUCUUAGUCUUAGCUUGUCUCCAGUCAGCAGCUCUACUCCUUUUCAUCAGUCAGUAUCACAGGCACCAACCUUGUCCUCAACACAGAGCACCACUCCCACUACUGAAUAUAACCCAGGCAGGUCUACAGUCAGUUCUUCUCCUAUGUUUGAUCCUUCAACAAAGUCCACAUUAGAGAAUCCAGCAUCUUCUCCAACACCCCACACAGCACGCGUACGCACUGCUGACUCUAACCCAGGCUGGUCCAUAGGUAGUUCUUCCCUUCCGUUUGAUCCUUUAGCAAAGCCAACUUCAAAAGUACCAACGACAUUGUCCCCAACACAGAGCACCACUUCUACUGCUGACUCUACCCCAGGCUGGUCUACAGUCAGUCCUUUGCCUCUGUUUAGUCCUUCAGCAAAGUCAACAUCAACAUUGCCCCAAACACCCAGAAACAUCCCCACUGCUGACUCAAAGCCACACUUGUCUACAGUCAGUUCUGACUCUCCUUUUGGUUUUCAGUCAACCACGACAGAGAGCAACCCUGGUCCUUCUGCCGUUUCUGGUGGUGGCAUUUUCCUGUCUGUUCCCUUGCUUGCUACACUGGGAGCUAUUUUUGUACUCCUUGUUAUCUUCACGAUUGCCGUUGGAAUAUGGUGUGUGCAUAAGAAGAGGCAAGGCUUUAAUAACUCAAAUCCAACAGGCACAUCCAGUGGUCCUGACCAGAUAAGGCAGCAAAGAUUUACAACAUUUAAUGCAGACAUGAACAUUCAAUCUGAAACACCACAGUCUGAUACUGUAACAGUAGACAGCGAGCAUAUCUAUAAUGUCCCAAUAUAUGAGGACCCUAAUACAUAUCAGUCACAAAGUCCACACCGAGGUGCAGGCAACAGGCAGAGUCUGGACAGCUUUGGUCCUUUGGUCUUGCCCCCUUCCCUUCCCCCUAGGCCUGAAAAUCAAACUGGCCCCCAGGCUGCUGCCCAAAUUGAAUCAGCAGAUGCACCUGCUCAUACAACCAGUGUCGUUGGUUUGUCACAAAGACCAGGCUCAGGGCAAAUUCAGCAUCUUGGCAGCUCUAACGAUGGUUAUAAGUUCCCAUCUCCCUCCAUGCGCCCUGGAGAAGCUACACCGUCCCACAAAUAUGUGAACAGCCAUGUGGCAGCAGCUGCUAAAGAUGCUGCAGCUGGUCCGCAGGUAAUGGUUUAUGAGAAUGAUGAUGAGAUAGAAUCUGCAAACAAACGUCUAAAGUCCCACAAAUAUGUAAACAGCCAUGUGGCAGAAGCUGCUGCAGCUGGUCCGCAGGUGAUGGUUUAUGAGAAUGAUGAUGAAAUAGAAUCUGCAAACAAACGUAAAAAGUCCCACAAAUAUGUGAACAGCCACGUGAAAGCAGCUGCUAAAGAUGCUGCAGCUGGUCCGCAGGUAAUGGUUUAUGAGAAUGAUGAUGAAAUAGAAUCUGCAAACAAACGUCUAAAGUCCCACAAAUAUUUGAACAGCCAUGUGGCAGAAGCUGCUAAAGAUGCUGCAUCUGGUCCACAGCUUAUGGUUUAUGAGAAUGAUGAUAACCUAGAAUCAGCAAACAAACGUCUUAAGUCCCACAAAUAUGUGAACAGCCAUGUGGCAGCAGCUGCUGCAGCUAGUCCGCAGGUUAUUGUAUAUGAGAAUGACGAUGAGUCAGUUAAUAACCAAUCACAGACAGCAGCUGCCCCUGGUGCUGACAGCCCUCACCACUAUGAACCCCUGAGGAACCCCAGCAGUCAGCAGCGGAACACAUACACAUCCCUGAUGCCUCAUGGUUUAAAACACAAUAAAAAAAAUUAG